UAGAAAUGUCUGGGGUUUGUGCUGCUUCUGACAUUUGGAGUGUUGGCUGUACUGUUAUUGAACUUCUUACAUGCGUUCCUCCGUAUUAUGAUCUACAGCCUAUGCCAGCUCUCUUUCGUAUUGUUCAGGAUGAGCAUCCUCCAAUUCCUAAUAGCCUUUCUCCUGAUAUUACCGAUUUUCUGCGUCAAUGCUUUAAGAAGGAUGCUAGACAAAGGCCUGAUGCUAAGGCUCUGUUAUCGCACCCAUGGAUACAAAAUUGUAGGCGGGCGCUGCAGUCAUCUCUUCGACACAGUGGAACGUUAAGAAAUAUAGAGGAAGAUGAUUCCACAGAUGUAGCAGCUUCUGGUGAUGAUCAGAAGAGUGCUGGUGAAGGCUCAUCUGUGGAGAAAGUGAACCCACUGAAAGAGCUGUCAAUUGAGGUUGUUGGUGGCAGCAAACGUCAUGAGGACUUAGGUUCAGAUUCUGAUUUUCUGAAUGAGAAAAUAGAGAAGCAGGAUGAUGUGUUUUCAGAUCAAGUUCUCACUUUAGCUAUUCAUGAGAAGCUGUCUCUACAAACUGGAUCUAGUAAGCCCUGUUCUAAUGGAGAAGUUGCUAUCACAGAGAUGAGUACAGAUCAUGACAUUCCCAAUACAAAAGACCAUAAUGAAGUCAUGAUGCAUGGAGAAGUUGGAUCUCCAGAAUCACGAGGGAUUGAUAGAAAGCCUGGGGGAAAGGGUAGUUCUGUCACCAGUGGCAGUAUAUCAUUCUGUUUUGGACCAAGAAGUCAGGACAAUGGUUCCCUAAAGGCUAUGAAGAUGCUUCCCUCUUUGGAAGGGAAUGAGCUGAGCAGAUUUAGCGAUCCUCCUGGAGAUGCCUCUUUGGAUGAUUUAUUUCAUCCAUUAGAUAAACACCCUAGAGACUCUGCAGCUGAGGCUUCCACAUCUACAUCCACAUCACACAGGACAAAUGAUAAUGCAUCUAUGAAUAAUGGUGGGAAAAGUGAUUUGGCGAAAGAGUUGAGGGAAACUAUUGCUAGGAAGCCGUGGGAGAAGGAGAAUGAAAAUGGGAAGAAUACUAGUGGUGGGAAUCUUUUAGCCUUAAUGAUGGGAGUCAUAAAAGAUGAUGUAAUUGAUAUAGAUGGUCUGGUUUUUGAUGAAAAAUUGCCUGGAGAAAACCUUUUCCCUUUUCAGGCUGUUGAGUUCAGCAAAUUAGUUGGGUCAUUGCGACCAGAGGAAUCUGAAGAUGUGAUUGUCACUGCAUGUCAGAAGCUUAUCACUAUCUUUCACCAACGUCCAGAGCAGAAGAUUGGUUUUGUUACCCAGCAUGGUUUACUUCCACUUACGGACUUGCUAGAAGUUCCUAAAACUCGUGUCAUAUGUUCUGUACUCCAGCUUAUAAAUCAAAUCAUUAAGGAUAAUACUGAUUUUCAAGAAAAUGCUUGUCUUGUUGGAUUGAUUCCCAUGGUGAUGAGCUUUGCAGUACCUGACCGUCCACGAGAAAUUCGCAUGGAAGCAGCCUUUUUUUUGCAGCAGCUUUGCCAGUCAAGCUCAUUGACAUUACAAAUGUUUAUUGCUUGUCGUGGAAUCCCAGUUUUGGUAGGAUUUCUGGAGGCUGAUUAUGCCAAGUACAGGGAAAUGGUGCACCUGGCUAUUGAUGGCAUGUGGCAAGUCUUCAAGCUCCAGCGAUCAACCCCUAGAAAUGACUUCUGUCGAAUAGCUGCAAAGAAUGGAAUACUCCUGAGGCUUAUAAAUACCCUUUAUAGCUUAAAUGAGGCAACACGACUAGCUUCUAUAUCUGUUGGGGUUGGAUUUCCGGUUGAUGGUUUGGCUCAACGUCCCCGUUCUGGUCCCUUGGAUUUGGCACAUCCUAUUAGCAUUCAGAAUGAUGCGUUGCUCUCUUCAGCAGAUCAGUUGGAUCUCCCUAAAGUGAGGCAUGGGAUACCUGAUCAUCACUUGGAACCUUUACAUGCCUCAACCUCACAUCCUCAAAGAUCUGAUGGUAAUUUCUCUGUAGACGUUGAUAGGCUUCAACCUAGCAAUGCAGUGGCUGAAUUUACAUCAGAAAAAAGUACAAAUGUAGCAUCCAGGGAAUCUUCAAAGGAGAGGGACAAUGUGGAUCGAUGGAAAACUGAUUCUUCUCGAGCAGAUGUUGAACUUAGACAGCAGCGUAUUAGUAAUUCUGCUAGCAGGGCAUCAACUGAUAGGGCUUCGAAAUUGACAGAACCUACAUCAAAUGCGUUAUCAAUGGCAGGUGCUAUGCAGCAAGAGCAAGUUAGACCGCUUCUUAGCUUGUUAGAGAAAGAGCCUCCAUCUAGACAAAUAUCUGGUCAGCUUGAAUAUGUACGGCAGGUGUCAGGAUUAGAAAGGCAUGAAAGUGUACUGCCUUUACUACAUGCCUCUGAGAAGAAGACAAAUGGUGAGCUGGACUUUUUGAUGGCAGAAUUUGCGGAUGUUUCCCAACGUGGAAGAGAAAAUGGAAAUCUUGACGCUGGUGCUAGAGUGUCUUACAAAGCUGCUUCAAAGAAACCAGGGGCUCUGGGGUCUAAUGAAGGGGCUGCUUCCACAUCUGGGAUUGUAUCUCAGACAGCUUCAGGUGUGCUGUCUGGUUCAGGCGUCUUAAAUGCUAGACCUGGCAGUGCAACUUCAUCGGGGCUCCUUUCCCACAUGGUUUCAUCAUUGAAUGCUGAUGUUGCCAGGGAGUACCUAGAAAAGGUGGCAGAUCUUCUUCUUGAGUUUGCUCAAGCUGACACGACAGUGAAGUCUUAUAUGUGUAGCCAAAGCUUGCUCAGCCGUCUUUUCCAGAUGUUCAAUAGGGUGGAGCCUCAAAUUCUGUUAAAGAUACUGAAGUGUAUUAAUCAUCUUUCAACUGAUCCUAACUGCUUAGAGAAUCUCCAACGUGCUGAAGCAAUAAAAUACUUGAUACCAAAUCUGCAACUCAAAGAAGGGCCUCUAAUAUCACAAAUACAUCAUGAGGUCUUGAAUGCACUGUUCAGUUUAUGCAAAAUAAACAAGAGGAGACAAGAACAAGCUGCUGAAAAUGGGAUUAUUCCCCAUUUGAUGCAAUUCAUCACCUCAAAUUCUCCCUUGAAACAAUAUGCAUUGCCUCUAUUGUGUGACAUGGCCCAUGCAUCUCGAAAUUCAAGGGAGCAGUUAAGGGCCCAUGGUGGUUUGGAUGUCUAUUUGAACCUUCUUGAGGAUGGGACUUGGUCAGUUACGGCAUUAGAUUCUAUUGCUGUUUGCUUGGCUCAUGAUAAUGACAAUAGGAAGGUUGAACAAGCAUUACUAAAAAAGGAUGCGGUGCAGAGGCUGGUCAAGUUCUUCCAGACUUGUCCAGAGCAGCAUUUUGUGAAAAUACUGGAGCCAUUCUUGAAAAUCAUCACAAAAUCUGUACGGAUCAAUACCACAUUAGCUGUUAAUGGAUUAACGCCCUUACUGAUUGCAAGGCUUGAUCAUCGAGAUGCUAUAGCUCGUCUUAAUUUACUCAAGCUGAUAAAGGCUGUUUAUGAGCAUCACCCUCAGCCCAAGAAGCUGAUCGUAGAGAAUGACUUGCCUCUGAAGCUACAAAACUUAAUAGAGGAAAGAAGAGACGGGCAAAGCUCGGGAGGCCAAGUGUUGGUCAAACAGAUGGCUACUUCCUUACUUAAAGCUCUACACAUAAACACGGUUUUGUAAAUUUGUAUUGUUGAAAUAUUCUCCCCUUCAUGUAUAUAUUUUGUCAGGGGAACAGGGUGAGUAAGGAUUCUCUCCCUCCCAUUUCUUCUCCGCUCUCAUCUUGACUAUUUGAUCAAAUUUGGAUGCUUCAGUUUAAUAUUUUAUAAAAUUAUUUUCAAAAUAUUAAAUGAUAAAAAAA